AAUUUAAAAAUGGUGAAGAUCCAAUUUUGCCAUCUAAAAAUCCCCUAAUUUUCCGAAAUCAGCGAAGACCCGGCGCAGAAGAAGAAGAAAAUAUACAGAAAAUUGAAGAGAUCGACACAGUUGUCGAAGACUUUUAGAGAGAAAAAGUGUGUUUGUGAGUAAGAGAGAGAGAGGGAGAGUGUGUGUGUGUGGGAGUUGUUGCAGUAAUGGCGGAGUUGCAGAGGGAGGAGGAGCAGCAGAACGAAGAGAGCGUGAAGUUGUUUGUAGGUCAAGUACCGAAGAACAUGACGGAAUCACAACUUGUCGAAAUGUUCCAAGAGUUUGCUAUUAUUGUUGAUGAAGUCAACAUCAUCAAAGAUAAAACUACGCGUGCUUCUCGAGGCUGUUGUUUUGUGAUCUGUCCAUCUAGAGAAGAAGCGGAUAAGGCAGUUAAUGCAUGCCACAACAAAAAGACGCUUCCCGGGGCUUCUAGUCCGUUGCAAGUAAAGUAUGCUGAUGGCGAGUUGGAAAGACUAGAGCACAAGCUUUUUGUUGGUAUGCUUCCAAAGAAUGUCUCCGAUCCUGAAGUAUCUGCCUUGUUCUCUCAAUAUGGAGUCAUUAAAGAUUUGCAGAUUCUCAGAGGUUCUCAGCAAACUAGUAAAGGAUGUGCUUUUCUGAAGUAUGAGAAAAAAGAACAAGCAGUUGCAGCAAUAGAUGCCCUCCAUGGAAAGCAUAAGAUGGAGGGUGCUACUGUCCCUUUGGUAGUCAAAUGGGCAGAUACUGAAAAGGAAAGGCAAGCCCGGAGGGCUCAGAAAUCUCUAUCUCAUGCUUCCGACUCUAGACAGCAUCCCUCUUUGUUUGGAGCCCUACCUAUGGGUUACAUGCCACCAUACAAUGGCUAUGGUUAUCAGACUCCUGGGGCAUAUGGGCUCAUGCAGUAUCGCCUACCAUCAAUGCAGAAUCAGUCUGCAUUUCAGAAUAUAGUCCCACCAAUAAACCAAGCAAGUGCUCUGCGUGGAGGUGCACCUGAUCUUUCACCUGGAAUUAGCCCAAGAAAUUAUGCCAUGUCACCUGGAAGUUAUGGAUCCGCUUACCCUGCUGUUCCAGGGAUUCAGUAUUCAAUGCCAUAUCCUGGAGGUGUUAUGAAUACCAGACCACCAAGUGGUUCUCCUGGUUCAAUUCCCCCUAGUACGACCAACAGUCAUUCUGCAGCAUCUUCAAGUGUCAGUUCAAGUACAGGGGGUCAGGUUGAAGGUCCACCUGGUGCUAAUCUAUUUAUUUACCAUAUUCCUCAAGAAUUUGGUGAUCAAGAGCUUGCAAAUGCAUUUCAGCCUUUUGGUAGGGUUGUGAGUGCCAAGGUUUUCGUUGACAAAGCAACUGGUGUUAGCAAAUGUUUUGGAUUUGUAAGUUAUGACUCUACAGCAGCUGCACAAACUGCAAUCAGUAUGAUGAAUGGUUGCCAAUUAGGUAGUAAGAAGUUGAAGGUUCAGCUUAAAAGGGACAACAAACAGAAUAAACAUUAUUGAUAUCUAAGGUGAGGUAUGGAAGGAAAUUGUCACACGCAAGCUACUUGGGAAUUACUCCAUUGGCACCCACUGCAGAGCAUAUCUGAAAGUUGAGCAGCUACAUGGCAACUCAGUGCUAAUUGUAGUUCCCUUAUGAGUUGAAGUCCCUGAAACUUGUAAUUCUUGAUUAUUUCUUCUGCCACUGUAAUUUGUAAUUUCUGUAACAUGGAGUAACAUUUAGACAUUAAUUAUUUUAUUGAUUCUUCUCAAUUGACAUGAUUGCCAUUAAGUGAAUGAAUCUCCUGUUUUUUUU